AUGACAAAUGCAGAGGUUAGGUUGGCUUUUCAAAUGUUGGCUCAAGCUUUGGCGACUCAAUCCAAUAGAGACGUUGUAGCUCCGGUGAAUCCUAAUGUGAAUUCGGCGGCUUUAAGAGUAAGGGACUUUGCAAGGAUGAACCCUCCAGAAUUUUAUGGCUCUAAAGUGGAAGAGGAUCCUGAAAGGUUUAUUAACGAGGUCUAUAAGGUAUUUGCUAUUAUGGGGGUGAAUCCGGUGGAGAAGGUAGAGGUAGCUGCUGAACAAUUGAAAUAUGUUGCUCAAGUAUGGGUGUCUAACCCUAAACCUCAAAUUGGUAAUGGAGGUGGCUCUUCUUUAACUAGGUCUACAUGUGCUAAAUGUGGGAAGAAACAUGAUGGUAAGUGCCUAGCCGACACUGAUGAAUGCUUUAGUUGUGGGAAUAGUGGAAAAAAAAUGAGAGAUUUCCCCAUGCUUAUGGCAAUUGGAAGGGAAAGCAAACAAGCUCCUCCUAGCGGUUCAAAUUCCAAUGGUCCAAAGCAAAAUCGCUUCUAUGCUCUCCAAACCCGAGGUGACCAAAAGAGCUCUCCGGAUAAUGGCUCCGAUGGAGCUUAA